AAAAAAGACAUGAUAAAGAAGAAUGGAAUAAUUUACUAAUAAUACAUCAUUGGAGAUAGGUUCAGCAGCGACAGAUUGUCCUGUUUCUAUCUAAGGGGGCACUAGCCUCACGUUCACCGACACCGAGAGUAAACACAUAUCACUCCUCGUUCUUUGCAUUCUGCUCUGGGCAACAGCCAAGCAACAACCAUGGAAGUUCACAUCUUUAAUUCCAUGGAUUACGAAGAGUUUGUCGGUAAAUUUGGGAAUGUGGUCGAGAGAUGUCCAAUGAUCACGGCUGCAGUUUGGUCUCGUCGUCCCUUCGCAAGUCUGGAAGCAUUGGAAAAUACCUUUGGAGACUUCAUAGAUUCAUUGCUUCCAUCUGGGAAGGAGGGAAUCUUGCGAUGUCACCCUGACCUUGCUGGGAGAGGCCUGGUCCGGGGAACACUCACAUCUGAGUCCAGGAGUGAGCAGAGUCAAGCAGGAAUGACCACUCUCACUCUGGCCCAAAGGUCCCAGCUGAGUGAGUUAAACGCUUCGUACAAGAACAGGUUCCACUUCCCCUUCGUGAUCUGUGCCAGGAUGAAUGACACGGUCACCAUCAUUGAGCAGAUGACCAUCAGGAUCCACCACAGCCUGGAGCGGGAGCUUGAGACGGGCAUUGGGGAGGUCAAGAAGAUCUGCCGUCUGCGUCUGUUGGACAUCUUCAAUCAAGUGGCCCCCAGUACCAAGCUCUAACAUCAGCACGGGAAAUGGAAGUCGUAGUGGGUCACAGAGCCUCGUGUUUGGUCCACACCCCAAUAGAGUCAACAUUGUUGUCUUUGGUCCACCUUGUCCAUGCUGACCAAAUGGACACCGGAGUGGGUUAUAAUGCCUUGUGUUUGCCCCACAACCCAAUAAAGUCAAAGCACUGUCACAGGCCAGAA